CCCCCAAAAAAAAAAAAAAAAAUUCAGCUUGAUUUCAAACUCUCUGGACGGUUUUCGUUUCCUCCCUCUUUUCUCACCUCUGGUUCACGCGUCUCACCCCUCCGAGUUGCGGGAGAUCCCGCAGAGGCGAGAUGCAUGACGGCGUGACAAUGGUGCAGCGCUGCUUGACAGCAGGAUGAUGCGUUUUGGCUUUGUGCCAUUCUGCGUUUUGGCUUUUGAGGAAUGGACUCUGUGUGUGCCGGAGCUGUGCCCGAGAUAAAACCUCCGGCGGGUCGUUCUCUGUGUGUCUGUGUGUGUUUUCUCCUCGAGAACAUGAGGUUGUACUUCAUGUGUGUGUGUUAAGGUGAACAUCUGGCGCCUCCUCUCCUCCUCUCCUCCCGUCCGCCGCCGCAGCGCGUCUCUAAUUGGAGCAACUCCGAGCGCCUUAAUUGAUGGAGAUCCUGCUCGUCGGACACUGACCGGUGCCUGAUCUGAACGACCCGGACGGCCUCUUGUUCGGAUGCUGCUCCCCUCCUCCGGUGCCGCCGUGUACUAGUCGUCCACUCGGUUCGUCGUAUCCUCCGGUGACCAUGCCGGUGAACGCGCUGCCCCGCGGCGGCGGCCCCGGGUCCCUGAGCCCGGCGUCGCUGUCCCGCAGCCUGUCCCGGCUCAGGGAGUACCGGACCCGGACGCGGAUCAUGCUGGCCCUGGGGGUCUCUCAGAUGGUCCUGGGGACUCUCAUCCUGGCCGUCAGCUUCGCCGCGCUGGCCCUCACCACAUCACCCAGGGUCCGACACUCGUGUCCCUUCUGGGCCGGUUUCUCUGUGCUGCUCUCUGGACUGAUCGGAGUGGUGUCAUGGAAGAGGCCGCUCUCUCUUGUGAUCACAUUCUUCAUGCUGCUGUCAGCCGUGUGUGUGAUGCUCAACCUGGCGGGCUCCAUCCUCUCCUGCCAGAACGCUCAGCUGGUCAACUCUCUGGAAGACUGUCAGCUGUGUGGAUGUGUGUUCCCCCCUCCUCCCCACCAGCUCAAGUUUGACAGCGAUGGAGUGUGUGUUUGCUGCGAGCUACAGCAGCAGAGUUCGAGCUGCAACAACAUGGGAGAGACGCUGAAACUGAAUCCGCUGAGGGACUGCAACACAAUACGCCUACGUCUCAAGGAGCUGUUGUUCAGCGUGUGUGCCCUCAACGUCAUCUCCACCAUUGUGUGUGCUCUGGCCACCGCCAUGUGCUGUAUGCAGAUGGUCUCAACGGAUGUGCUGCAGAUGUUUAUGCCGCACAGAGCACGAGCCCUGAAUGCUGACUGUAUGACCCCCCAUGGAACCAUCCUCCACCAAACAAUGGACUUUGAUGAGUUUAUUCCUCCAAUACCUCCUCCACCGUAUUACCCCCCAGAGUACACCUGCACCCCUUCAAUGGACGGACAGAGAGGCCUGCACCUGGACUUUCCCCACUCUCCCUUCAGUGCCAUCUACGGGGUGCCCAUCAACAGCCCAGGGACCCUGUACCCGACUGACCUGCCACCUCCUUACGAGUCUGUGGUGGGGCAGACGCCUGCCAGCCAGGUCACUACGAGCAUCGAGCAACAGGCUACAGAGUCCAGUUUGUGUGAGAGAAACACCACUGCAGGUCUCAGCACGCAGGCCUCGGUGGACAGUGCAUCACUGAUGGUAUCAGAGGUGGCUGAUCAGGACCAGACUUGCUCCUCAGAGGACUUGUGCUCCCUGGAGGUCCAGGGCUCUGACUCCUCUCCUUACGGCACACCCCACACUGCCCCCACUGACGGAAGCUGCACCAGCCUGGAGCUUUGUACACGUGGCUCCUCGCAUGGCCACGGUGGCCUGCCUAACAUGGAUGUCCGCCCCAGUGAUACCGGAUACAGUGAGUGUUCACAGACCCAGGAGUCGCUGGAGCGCUCUCCAGACUGGUCUUCAGAAAACUUUAGCAAUCUGGACCAGGAGGACUCCACAGACAACACACAUCCGUGUGAGGAACUCAGUGCUGUGGUGCACAUGUGCGAUGAGCUUGCAUCAGCCAAGCAUUUACCAGAGGAGCCUCCUAAACCGCCGACACACUCGCUCAUUAAAGCGCGAAUGAUGAGCCGCAAGCUCAUGCUGCCUGUCGCUAUCCCCCCACCGCCUCAGCCUUGCUCCCCCACCUCUGUGGCCUCCUCUGGUGGAACUUCAGGCAUUAGCCCUUUGGCUCCGUCUCCCUCCCCUUCCCCUCCCAGCAGACCACGCGGCCCCAGGCUGUGCUUCAGUGUUUGGUCACCCUCUUCGACAUCACAACCCCCCUCUACCUCAGCCCAAAGUGUCUACUCGCCCUCAGAGAGGCCUCGGGUGCUCCGAGCAGCUAGGAGGUACCGCAAGCUGGCACGCAUUGUCCGCUCCACCAGUGACCCCAUCUCCUGCUCCUCUGCAACGGGACGAGAAAAUAGUGUCUGUGCCUCUGCCAAUAACCCCACUGCUGAAGCUUCAACUCAUACAUCACCGGAGCCAGACCCGAAAGACAUUUCCACAGAGGUUGUUGGGGCUAAAUCCGGUAACACGUGUGUCAGGAAGCAGCAGAAGGAGGACAGGAAGAUCGACAUCCUCUUUAAACCUCGAUCCCUCCACACAAACUCGUCCCACGAACGCCCGCACUCCCUGGCAGACCUGAAGAUGUACAAAGACACCAAAAUAUUGGUGGCCAAGUUCCUGGAGCAUUCAAACUGCAGUCUACCUCCUGAGGUCCAGCAGGUUGUCAACAACAUCAAGUGCGUCAUCAAGUCGGAUGAGAAACACAUGGAGGAGGCCAUCUUCAGUGCCAAUGUCAUAGAUCAGGUGAUGACCCAGCGCAUCAUAGGCAGUCCCAGAAAGCGAGAUCAAGAGGAUCUUCACCUCCAGAGCUGCGGCGCUUUGAGUUCCUCAUCGUCCCCUUCCAUGUGCCGUCCCAAACACCUCCCACAGACAACCAGCGCCUCCACCAAGCCACAGGACUCCCCCUCCUCUGAACAAAGCCUUGAGUACAGAGAAACCAUUCUUUGACCUUUCUCCCAACAAGGACUCGGGUCAAAACUCUGAGGGCAUUUCAUGGUGCUGGAGAUGCAGACACGUCGUGCUGUGCAGCAGAUGUCUGUAGAGUCAUUAACAACUCUUCAGACCGUGUGAGAUCAUUUAUUUGUACAGUGUGGCCGCAGUAUAGGCAAACUGAAAUGUUCUCAUGCUGUAUCUCCUAGUGCCCUGUGAGACCGUGCCAAGUCAUCAGCAGAAACGGUAGCAAACUCAGUCUAAGCCUGCCAGAGUCUGUAGAGGCUUCUUUCUCAUCAGAAAAUCAAAAGAAUGUUUCUCCCUCAGGGGAUCUUUUCUACUGCGUUUCAUCUCAUAAAAAAAAAGAAACAAAUAUACAAUUGGUAAAUUUGAAUUUUGGACUGAAAGACAAGGGAGAUUAUGUUUUCGCUAUUCCUCUUUCCUCAUAUGAAACAGAGGGACAUAUGUUUGUAUUAAACUGUGAACUGAACUGACCGGGCAUUGCUAGCUAUCGUUUGCAGAAGUUGUGGAACUGUUACUGAUAGGGUGGUGAUUAUUUUGUGGUGUCUCUGGUUCCAAAAACAUCUCAGAUGUGGAUUAUUUAACUUACCUCAUUGUGUUGCAGUUCUUAUCAGUGUUACAAUAAAUUCGGAGUUUGUA